CGAAGGUCGCAUCUCAGACUCGCUAUAAAGGUAUGGGAAGCCGGCUCUCCUGCAUCACAACAUCCUCGUUCCCAUCGCGUCAACAUGUUCAUCAAGGGCGUUUUCGUGCUUGUUUUGGCAGCAGUGGCCCUCGCUGCCCCUUCGGAUCCAUACCACCAGCCUUCUUACAAGGAGGAGCCGAAGCCGUACCAAUUCGCCUACGGAGUCAAGGAUGAAUACGCCGGCACCGACUUCGGUCAGAGCGAGGAGUCCGACGGCCAUGCUGUCAAGGGAUCCUACACUGUCCAGCUCCCCGACGGCCGCAAGCAGACGGUGAACUACGUGGCUGACCACUACAACGGCUACCAGGCUGAGGUCAACUACUACGGCGAGGCUCAGUACCCCCACCAGUACGGUCCCCCCGUCACCUUCAAGCCCCAGGGCUACCAUCCCCAGCCUUCCUACCAUUAGCACGUUUAUCUAAGGACCUUCCGGAAAGAUAUCACCUAUUAAAAGUAUAUAUUUGUCUAAAAA